GUGCCAACCACCGCACCAACAACUCCCCAACCAAUCCUUCUCCUCUCUCUCGUACUUGUCUCCCACCCCCGGCCUCCUCGUCUUUCCUUUCCUUUCCUCUUCUCUCCACACCGCCUGUGCUCUCCACACGACCGCAACAGCUGCCUGCCUCGCGCUUCAAUCUUCAGGUUGCUGCUCUUAUUCGUAUGGAUUCCUUUUUCCAAAGAGCUUUUGGUGGUUCAGUGUGCUUGGAAGAGAAUAAUGUUGUCCAACAAGGAAUUGAAAGAUGCCCAUUCCUGAGGAACAUCAAUGAGCCUACAAGUUUUUCCUUAUCAUCUGUCAAUUUUCCUGCUCCUGCAACGGGAGCCAAGGGUCCAAUUUUCGAAGAUGGGCCCAACUUUGACACCGCAUUUCGAGUAUUCCACGGCAGAGACGGGGUUGUUCCACUUUCAGAAGGAUCCUUUCCACAGAUUGAGAAGCCACUACCAAAGCCGGUUCCUGAAUUCAACCCCUUGGCAGCCAAAGCAGCUACCAUCAGUCUCUCAGCAUUUGGAGGCUUUUUUAGCUUCGGUGAUUUCUCAAACAAGCGCAAUAAGAAAAACUCCAACAAAAAGAAUCCCAACAACCUCCCCCAGAAUAAAGGCCAGUCUAACAGUAACCAUGAAGCUAUGAGCAAUGAAUGGCUUGAGAAUGGUCAAUGCCCUCUUGCAAAGUCAUAUAGAGCAAUGGGUGGAGUCGUGCCACUCCUCGCAAAGAUGAUGACACCCCCAGCUGGUAUGAAACUGACAUGCCCACCUGCGAUUGUUGCUGCCCGUGCAGCAAUAUCCCGCACGGCGUUUGCGAAGGGGCUUCGCCCUCAGCCACUGCCGACAAAAGUAGUGGUGAUCGCACUGCUCGGCAUGGCAGCAAACGUUCCUCUUGGCAUCUGGAGGGAACACACUACGAAGUUUUCAGUGCAGUGGUUUGCGGCGGUCCAUGCUGCGGUGCCUUUCAUAGGAAUGCUGAGGAAGUCUAUUCUGAUGCCGAAGAGUGCCAUGGCCCUUACCAUAGCUGCCUCAAUAUUGGGUCAGACAAUUGGUUCAAGAGCCGAACGUAUCAGAUUGAAGAGAGCAAAGUUGGCAGCAGAGGGACAUGGCCAUGCUGCGCAGAUUGAAGCUCCGGUGAGCCUGAAAACCGGGAGCUACGGGGCCGUCCAAUUUUGGGAUCCGCUGGCCCUCAGAGUGGAAAGCACCGUAUCCCCAGUUCUUGUCCCAAGUACUGUUGGUGCUCUGUAUUGAUAAUGUUCAUUCCGGCUGGUGCAUCAGAGUUCAUAAUUCAUUGUUUGGUGUAUUCAUUGUGUUGUGUCUUUGUAAAGGAUUACUUGGGGUUUUCUCCCAGUCUGUCAUCAUGCGUUUGGCUUGGGACCAGCGAAUAAAUUUAAGACAUUUUGCUUC